AUGGCUCUCGGCCACGACCCCGAAUUCCUCCCCGCCAUAGCGCCACAGCUUCCCUUCCUCACUACUCUCCCAGUGCCCAAAGUCCACGAGCAUCUAGUCAUACGAAACAAUGUCGCCAGCCUCUUCACCCAAGACUCCCGCCAGAUCCCUUUCCCCGACGGCAUCAAACAGGACCUAUACACUUUCAAGUCCUAUGACGGCGCCGAUAUCGAGGUUACGCACACCUUCGACAUGGCGUCCACGGAAGCAGCAAAGACCAACAAGGCGCCACAGCCGGCUAUCGUCCACUAUCAUGGCGGCGGCCUGAUCGCCGGCUCAGUCGCGAUGUUCGCCCCAGGCAUCGCCCUGAAUUGUGCCCAGACUGGCCGCCAGAUCUUCUCGGUCAACUACCGUAAGGCGCCUGAAUGCCCUUACCCGGGUCCCGUGGAAGAUUGCUUCGCUGGGCUCAAAUGGGUGCAUGACAACGCAGAACGCUUCAACAUCGAUCCAACGCGAGUCGCCGUGAUGGGCGAGUCCGCUGGUGGAAAUCUAGCCGCCGGGACCGCACUUCUGGCCAAAGAACGAAAAUUGUCCCCACCACUCGCAAAACAGAUCUUGAUCUACCCAAUGCUAGACGACCGCAACCUCCACCCGAACCAGGGGCUGGAUCCAUUUGCGACCUGGAACAACGUCUCCAACAUCACCGGCUGGACCGCCUACCUGGGCAAAGACGCUGUUGGAUCAGAGCAGUCGCUCAACAAGGUGCCCAUCUUCGCUGCGCCGAACAGAGCUACGGUCGAGCAGUUGAAGGGUCUGCCGAAGACGUACAUGGACAUUGGGGAGUUGGAUCUGUUCAAGAUUGAGGAUAUGGAGUACGCGACGAAGCUGGCCCAAGCGGAUGUGCCGUUGGAAUUCCAUUUGUACCCUGGAGUGCCGCACGCGUUUGAAGGCAUGGCGCCCAACAUUGCGUUGGCAUCGAAGUUGGCCGCCUCCCAAGGUGCACCCUAUCCAGGCGGUCCUGGCGCUGGUGGUCCUCCCCCGAAUCUGCAAGCUGGACAGCCUCAAGGAGGUCAGCCUGGUGGCUAUCCGGGUCAACAGCAACAGUAUCAACCCUACCCAGGCAGUGGUCCUGGUCAGCAACGUCCUUACGCCUACGACCGCUCAGACUUCCUACAUUCUCUCGCAAGAAGUUCUAAGCAUUCUUCGGUAUCCAUAUUCAUGAGCAAGUUCUCGAGAUUAGCACAAGCCGCGCCAGGCGGAAGCGCACCAUAUCCAAGCGCACCUUCCCAACAACCACAACAACCAUCGCAGCCGCCAUGGUCGCCGAACUCGAUUUCAGCAUAUCCUCAAGGUCCCCCAGUCCCACCUCGACCGAGCGCAUCUCCUCAGCCUGGGUAUCAGCAACCACAGCAGAACAUGUACGGCGGUCAGCAACAGGGCUACCAGCCGCAACAGCAGGGUUAUAACCAGCAAUCACAGUAUGGUCAGCAGCCACAAUACGGCCAACAGCAAGGCUACGGGUCACCAUAUCCUAAUUCACCACAACCCGCAUAUCAAUCCCAUAAUUCGCAAUACCCAGGCCAAGGAAGGCCGCCGCAGCAAUCGCAAUAUCCUGGCCAACAAUCAUAUCAGCAGCAGAACUAUGGCCAAGGUCCUCCCGGUGGCCAAGGGUACCCAGGUGGCCCGCCACAAGGUGGUCCCCAAGGUGGGUAUGGCGGCCCUCCGCAGCAGGGUGGUCCGCAGGGUGGCUACGGUGGUCCCCCACAAGGUGGUGCCCCUCCAGCUGGCAACGCUGGUGCAUACAAGCAGUUGAUGGAAGCCGCUGUGCGCGAGAAGGGCCUUCAAGCAUUCUACCCUCCUGGCUCGCCUGCACUUGAUCAGAUCGCAUCCAGAGCGCCUCAACAGGUCGCGCAGCUCGCAUCACAAUGGCGUAUCAACAGUGAGAUUGCAUCCGAUAUCGUCAAGCUCGCCCUGUACGACGUUAUCCUUUACAUCGACGACAGUGGCUCCAUGGCAUUCGAGGAGAAUGGUGAGCGGAUUGAUGAUCUGAAGCUGAUCCUCGGUCGCGUUGCCUUCGCCACUUCACUGUUCGACGAAGAUGGUAUUCAGAUUCGGUUCAUGAACUCUCCCGAGCAGGGCAACGGCAUCAGAAAUGAACAACAGGUCAACCAGAUGGUCGCCAACACUAAGUUCUCUGGCCUGACUCCGAUGGGUCGGGAGUUGCAGAACAAAAUCCUUGGUCCACUAGUGCUGCAGUCUGCCCGUAACGGUCAACUCCGCAAACCCAUUCUCAUCAUCACAAUUACCGACGGCCAGCCGACGGGCGAGUCACCAUCGGACGUUGCUAAGAUCAUCAAGAACGCCAGCAUGGAGCUGGAGAGAUCUCGCUUUGGCAAAGGCGCUCUGGCAUUCCAGUUUGCCCAGGUCGGAAACGAUCUCAAAGCUCGGGAAUUUCUGAGCAAGCUCGAUGAGGAGCCGACGAUUGGUGAUAUCAUUGAUUGCACAUCAAACUACGAAGUCGAGGCUGACGAGAUGUCACGCGCCAAUCCUCCUGUUAAUCUCACACCUGAGUUGUGGCUCAUCAAGCUUCUCCUCGGCGCGAUCGACUCCUCAUACGACUCCAAGGACGAGAAGAGUAAUGCUCCGCGUCCUCCUCAGCAAGGUGGAUACGGCGGGCCCCCACAAGGCGGUUAUGGCGGUCCUCCCCAGCAAGGCGGAUACGGUGGUCCUCCUCAGGGUGGAUAUGGUGGCCAGCAGGGUGGCUAUGGCGGUCCUCCUCAGCAAGGCGGAUAUGGCGGUCAACAGGGCGGCUACGGAGGUCCUCCUCAAGGUGGCUAUGGUGGUCAACAAGGUGGUUACGGUGCUCCUCCGCCGCCCAGAUAUUGA